UGACAUAUCGACCAGAAACACUCAUUUUUACGAGACGUAAACAAAACGUAGGGUUCAUUAGUGGGUAAAAGGGAAAAAAUAUCAAUAAAAUGAAUAUUCUGCCACAUAAGAGUUGGCAUGUGCGUACGAAAGCGAACAUCGCUAAAGUGCGAAAGGAUCAGGCCAAAGCAGCUGAGGAAGAGGCGGAGAAACAGCGACGUGUCGCUGUUGCAGAUUAUGAAGCCCGCAUAAGUCUCCUUAGAAAUCGUGCGAAACAAACACCUACAUCACAAGCAGCUCAAGAAACAAGUUUGGAUCUUGAUGGUGAAACUCAGCCAGUGUCUGCUUCGGAACACAUUGACUUAUUUUCCGAUCAUGAAGACAAACAGAAGAAGGUCAAGCCAAUGGAUGAGGAGAAGCGGCAGGAGCAGGAAAAGUAUGAGAAACAAAUCGGUUAUCUAACGUAUUUGGGACAGGACACACAUGAGGCAAUGGGCACACGGAGCUGGUACAACUCAGCACCGAAACGAAAUUCAGAGAGUGUGUAUGAUGAAAGUGGAGAAAAGGUUGAAAUUGGUCUGAAAGUCAAACAUCUACAUGAUCCGAUGAUGCAAUUCUUAACGAAGAAGAAACCCAUAACGGUGGAUGGCAGUAAGAUGGGUAAUGGAGGUGAUUCAAAAAGUGUAAACAUUGACACAAAACCGAUUGCAGUGAAAGCGAUGCCAACUAUUCUAGAAAAACCAAUGUCACGCAAAAGAUCAACAUCACCAGAGAGAAAGCAUAAGAAAAGUAAAAGUAGUAAACGAUCGAAGGAAAAGAAAGUGAAGAAAAACAAAAAGAAGAAAUAUAAAAAGGAAAAACGAAAGCGAAGACACUCGUCUGCUAGUGAUAGCAGUAGUGACAGUGAAUCGGAGCAACUGAGACAGCAUAAAAUGUUAGCCUUGCAACAGUUGCGUGAAGAACGAUUGCAACGUGAAAGACAAGAGCACGAAAAAACAAAAGAGUUGCUGAGGAAAAAGUGUCCAUCGCUGUUGCCACCUGAAGAACUGAAAAAGCCCGAAGAAGUCAAUACCGAGCCACGAAUGCCGGCAAUGAAACAGAAAUACAAUUCACAAUUCAAUCCGUAUUUGGCGAAACAGAAUUAUGGCUAAUUUUUAGAAUAUGACAAUGAAAAAUGCAUUUAAUUCAAAAUUGGAUUUUAUUUAUAAAA